UAAACUCCUUUUAUCACCCCCUCAAAUUAUACCAUCAACACAUUGAUCCCCAAAAAGAAAACCCUAAAAAAAAAAGAAAAUAUGAAAAACCCAACAAUUAAUAUUCUGUUAACAAUUUCCUUCCUCCUCAUCACCACCACCGCCGCCGCAACCCCAUGGUUCGAAAACCUUUGCAUAUGUAAGAAAAACACAACAAAGCUUCAUUUCUACGUCCACGACGUCCGAAGCGGCCCCAACGCCACCUUAUACAACGUCGCAAACUCCUCCAUCACCGCCACCUCCCCCACCGGCUUCGGCCGGAUCAACGUCUUCGACGACAAGGUCACAGCGGAGCCGGACAUCGCCUCGGAAGAGGUGGCGAGAGCGCAGGGUUCCACCACUUCCGUGGACCUCCAAGUCUCGGCGGCAUCCAUGAACCUCAACUUCUUCUUGAAGGCGGGGAAGUUUAACGGAAGCACGGUCACCGUUGUCGGCCGGAACCAGUUCUCCGACGCGGAGAGGGAGCUGCCGGUUGUCGGCGGCAACGGGGCCUUCCGGUAUGCUCGUGGAUAUGCGAUUACUAGGAGCUAUUCUAAUGAUGCGGCAACGAAUUAUGGUGUGCUCGAAUAUACGAUUUAUAUCAGGACUUCUAGAAAAUGUUCUUGAACGUUUUUAUUAGUACACAUCGAUCGUGUGUAUAGUAACAGUAUAAAUGUGGUUUUUUAUUCAUGAUGUUUGUGGUCUCUGGAUUAUGUUAGAAUAAAUGAUGUGUACAUAUAUUGAUAUUGUCCCACAAUGUAUAAUACGACCUUUAUUUUUUUGUU